GCUCUCAUAGCAACCGGUCCGUUAAACAUCAGGUAAAAACAACCAUCAGAUUCACAGCUGUCAGACCCCAGUCCUCCUCCUCCUCCUCCUCCUCCUCCUCGUCCUCCUGAUGGAUGAGACAGUGAAGCCUCUGAGAGUUCCUCCUCAGAUCUCCGUCUAUGCCGACAAACACAACAUCUUCCACCUGGUGCAGAGCAUGCUGACCCGCCUGCUGAUCGAUCAGCCUGAAGAUCCGAUCAGUUACCUGAUCAGUGUCCUGCAGAGGAGCAGCGUGGACGUCCCCAGGGUGCUGCUGCUCGGUCCUCCGUCUGUGGGGAAACACACCAUGGCCAGACGGCUGAGUGCUGAGCUGAGAGCUGUCCAUGUGACCAGAGACACUUUACUGCAGGACCAAUCAGAGCUGAGUGUACAGGCACGCCAACACACACUCACAGAGCAGGAGCUUCCUGCCGAGCUGCUGGUCACACUGGUUCAACGGAGACUGAGUGAGAUCGACUGCUUCAACAGGGGCUGGGUGUUGGAGGGAAUCCCUCAGACUCGUCUGCAGGCUCUGAGUCUGCAGCAGGCCGGAGUCCUCCCUGAACAUGUUGUACUGUUGGCAGCUCCUGAUGACGUGUUGUUGGAGAGGAGUCGGGGGAAACUUGUCGACCCUCUGACAGGAGAUGUUUACCAUCAGACCUUCAUCUGGCCGGACGACGACACGGUCGCUCAGCGUCUGGAGGAGGGACACCGUCCAUCAGAGACGCAGCUAUUGGCUGAGCUGCAGCGUUACCGCUGUGAGGUCACAGGUCUGAGCUCCGCCUAUCAGCACGUCCUGAAGAUCAUCAACGCCGACCAACCACACGCUGACGUCUACCAACAAGUGCUGGCUUUCGUUCGGACUCGUCGUCGUUCCAGAACUCCCAGAAUCCUCCUGCUGGGUCCGCCGGGGUCGGGGAAGAGUCAUCAGGCCAAACUGCUGUCAGCGAAAUACAAGAUGGUGGAUGUGUGCUGUGGUCAGCUGUUGAGGUCUGUAGCAGCUGCUGGUUCAACUCUGGGAGAAGAGAUCCAACCAUACCUGGAUGAUGGGAGACCAGUCCCAGACUCCCUGGUGCUUCAGGUUCUGGAGGAACGUCUGAGCCGACUGGACUGCAGCUGCAGAGGAUGGAUCCUUCAUGGCUUCCCCCAAGACCUGCAGCAGGCCCGGAUCCUGCAGGAGUCCCAGCACCAGCCCAACAGAGUUUUCUUCCUGGAGUUAACAGAUGACGUCUGUCUCGAGAGACUCACUCUGAGAGCUACAGAUCCAGUCAGUGGACAGAGGUUCCACGCUGUGAGUCGCCCGGCUCCGACCUCUGAGGUCCAGAACAGACUGAAGAUCAGACCUGAGGACAGCACACACACUGUGACACACACACUGAGUCAGUACAGGACACACACCGCUGCCCUGCAGUUUGUGUAUCCAGGUGCAGGUCAUAUUGAUGCUGAUCAGGAUCCUCACUCUGUGUUUGAGGCUCUGGAGAGCAGACUGACAACUGACUGACAGGAGGACUCACCUGUACACACACCUGAACACACCUGGCAACAGGUUGGAUAGACAGGAAGUGAAGUCACUACUGCACCUCUCUGAACUGUUCACACUCUUUUCUAAAUGUUCUAAGUUUGUUUUAACAUCAAUAAAAUCU